UCCAUCCUUCACUCUCCAUUUCUCUCUCUCACGCACGGCCAUGAGAACCUAGCCAUCGCCGUCGCCAAUACGCCGCCACCUCCAGUCACAACCAUCCUUGCUCGACAUCACCACCUUGCUGCCCUCCUUCGCUCUCCCUUUCUCACUAUAUCUACUACUGAUGCAUGCAGGGGAGGCCAGUUGAUUUCCUCUUGCUCCUGCUGCCGCCAUCUGCAAUUUUGCACCUGCAUGCCCUCAGUGUUCAAGUGGGAUAGCGUGCGCGAGUGAGGGAGUGGGUUGCGGAUAUCAAAAAUCAUAAUAAAUAAUUGCAUAUAUGGGACAAAUGGCCGGAGGAACAAGCCGGAAACCGCAUUUUUCAAUCUGGCAGAAGACGAAGAGUCCUUGAUCCAGCGAGAUUUGGUAUUCAAUGGUUAUUUUUAUUUUCACUCCAACUGAUCAAGCUGCCAGAUUAUGUAAGCGUUAUAACAGAAAAUAUUUUUCUAAAUAAGAAUUAUUUAAUAUAUUAUUUUAAAAUAAUUACAAACGAAGAAAAAAUUCUGUAUUUUUCGCCCUUUUUUUCCCCUUAAAACGUCAUCGUUUUGCCCCUCCUUAGUCCUCACGAACGCACACCUCCAACUCCGGAUCUCUCUCUCUUUCUCCCGCUCCCUCCAUGCUAGCAACCGCCACCGACCAUGGCGGCACGGUCCUCCGGUGCGCCGCUGCUUCACGUCUGCUGCUCCUCUCUAUGAUCCUCACAUGGAGAACUCUUCUCAGUCCCUACGACACCUCCGCACCGCUGAACCCUAGCUGCCUUUCUUCUUCCUCAAACUCUACAGAAGGCUCGGUUCUCUGGCCUUCCGUCGCCGCCGCCGUCGAAAGCUCUGUCGUAUGGGACGGCGUCUACUUCGUCCGCAUUGCCGAGUGCGGCUACGAAUACGAACAGUCCUACGCCUUCUUGCCUCUCCUCCCCAUAUCCCUCUCUAUCUUCUCUCGCACAGUUUUUGCACCUCUGAUUCCUCUUGUUGGGCACAGAGCUGUGUUGGGGUUAUCUGGUUAUGUACUCAAUAGCAUUGCCUUCGUGCUCUCUGCCAUUUACCUUUACAGGCUUUCAGUUAUUAUUUUGAAGGACCCAGAAGCAGCAUUGCGAGCUUCAAUAUUGUUUUGCUUUAAUCCAGCCUCGAUUUUCUAUUCGUCGAUAUAUUCAGAAAGCUUGUAUUCCAUGCUCUCAAUUGGUGGAUUGUACCACUUAAUAUCUGGUGCAAAUGAUGUUGCUAUGCUUUUCUUUGCUCUCUCUGGCUGUGCAAGGUCAAAUGGGGUCCUUAAUGCUGGCUAUUUCUGUUUUCAGACACUGCACAAGUCCUAUGAUGCCAUUUUCUUAAAAAAGCGUGCCUUUUUGGCAGUGCAGAUUCUUAUUGCUGGAGCUUUGCGCUGUCUCUUUAUUUUUGUCCCAUUUAUUGCUUUUCAAGCAUAUGGAUACCGCAAUAUUUGUCUUGGACAUUUUCCAGAUGAGAUGAGGCCUUGGUGCAAAGCAAGAAUACCUUUGCUGUACAAUUAUAUUCAGAGUCAUUAUUGGGGAGUAGGUUUCCUGAGAUAUUUCCAACUGAAGCAGUUGCCCAACUUUCUGCUCGCUUCUCCUAUAUUAUCUCUAGCAUUUUUUUCAAUUUUCUAUUAUAUGAAGUCACAGCCUGAAAAUGUUCUGUCAUUGGGUUUCCGAGCUUCUUUUGAGGGAAAAAAUUCCACUGCUGCGGUUUCUUUGGGCAUGGAUCCAAGAUCCAACCGUCCUCAUUUUUCACAGCAAUACUCUUCUGAGACAAUUCGAGGAGAUCACUCCCUUAGGCAAAGGAAGCAGAAGCUCAAGGGGGAGAAUCCUGUACCACUUACAAUAGGGAAUGGAUCAUCAGAGAAGCCAGGAUAUUUGUCCCCUGUAGUUCUUCCUUUCGUUCUACAUUUGGCGUUUAUGGCACUCACAGCUUUUUUUGUCAUGCACGUGCAGGUUGCGACUCGGUUCCUGUCUGCCAGCCCUCCAAUCUACUGGUUUGCCUCAUACUUAAUGGUGUCUCCUGGAAUUGGUAAGAGGUGUGGAUAUUUCAUUUGGGCGUAUUCAGCAGCUUACAUCCUUCUCGGCAGCUUGCUCUUCUCAAACUUUUAUCCCUUCACAUAAGCCUUUAUUUUCUUGUUUAUACCUGAGAGCAUUUCAUCAGCUGUUGAAUCUCUUAACCUUUCCCAGCUUUACUGUACAUGUCUUCAUUUUUUUAUCUUCUAUUUAUUUCUUUGCAAUAUGUAAGCUAGUGUUGAUGCAUUCAUUAAGUAGAAUGGACAACCUCGAAUGGAGAUCGAUGCCAAAGCAUUUGUUUUUUUCUCA